AUGCCCAAGCGACCCCAACUACGCUCCAUAUAUCCGCUCACCGUUGUGCAACUUGAAUCUUAUGUCGAUGGGCUUCAGCCUGACCCAUACAAAUACCCUACAAAAUCAAUCGAAAAAAGAUUUGGUGACCGUGUUUACCUAGUUGAAGUGGGCUUCCGUCUGCCGUUCGAAAUUGAAGAACCUGGCGUGAUAAUCCUCAAUGUUACCUACGAGUACUGA